AAUGAGCCACCCAGGCGCCCCAAAGAGAAGUAUUUUUUAAAGGGAAGGCAGGAAAGGGGUGAAAAAAAGAAAACAGUUAUCCAAUGGUAGAAAUCUGGGAAUAAGCACCAGGUAGGAAAGCACAGUUGGGGAUAAGGAACCAAAGGAAAGAGCUCUCAGACUCCCAGGCAAAUCACUUAUCCUCUGUGUCUCAGUUUCCUUAUCUGUAAAAUCAGGCUAAUAAUACUGAUGAGGUUUCAUGGAUGAAAUAAGGUAAAGCACUAACACACAUAGGAAGAGUUCCAGAACCUUAACUAUUAUAGCUAAUUGGAGGGAAGAGUGGUGAAGAACCUGGCUCCCUGUUGACAUCUGACCCAGAGUCAUAGAUUGCCUGGAAGUAUCUCAGACAUCUGGGCCAACAGUGGUGGGACACAUGUGGCCUCAGGUGUUAUCCUGAGAGGCCAUGGAGAGCCAAGAUUAGAACACAGGUCCAGGUUCCCAGUCAGCAAGUGCUCUGUGCAUUCCAUGCCUGGUACCAUUCUCACCCAGCCACUCUGUCCUGGAAGGGUUGGCUUUUCUGCAUACUCCUCUCUUGUGACUUCUCCUUUCCUGCUGUUUUUAGAGUUGUCUAGAGCUAAGGUGAGGAGGGGAGUCUGGGUAGUGGCCCUAUCUGCUCAACCCGCUGGGCCUGGAGGAAGGUGAAGGCUGGGAUCAUGCAGACAGUAGCAGCAGUGGAAGAGGCCAUUGAUGACUGCAGAAAACAGUUUAAACAUCAUCCUUCCCCCUUUUUUCCAUCUGUUGAGGCAUAUCCUGGCCUAGGAACCUGGUGCCAAAAGAAUUUGAGGGGAGUGAUAUGUGGAGUGUGGGUGGUACAGUUCUUAACACUUUUUCACACUCCCUGGGAUUGUUUUUUCCAUGUCUCUUCCCUCACGGGACUGUGCUCCUCACCCCUCCUCUUCUACAGAGCCUGUAACUCUGUGUGUGUGUGUGUGUGUGUGUGUGUGUGUGUGUGUGUGAAGCCUGCACCACAGAGCUGCUGUAGGUUUGUGCUGAAUGGUGGGGGGGGCAUCAGGGGUGUGGUUGGGUUUUCUGGGUGCUGCCUGUAAGGGGCAUGUGCAUGUGUGCAUAUUGCAUUAGUCCAUGUGUGAGGAGGAGAUUUUCUACGUGUGCAGCGUGUGCGAUCCAUGCACGGGCAGUGUAUGUGCUAUAUUUAAGGGUGUGAGGGGUGUACGUGUAGUAGAUUACUGUGAAUGCAGCCGGCCCUGCUCCCCCGUCAUCGACAAGCCUAUGGAGACACAUGCGGUUGCGUGAAUGAAGUAAGAUAAAGCACUAACAUACAUAGGAAGAGCUCAGAAACCUUAAUUAUUUUAAUAAUUUGUUUGGGGGAAGAGUUACCGAGACCCUGGCUCUAUUUAUCGGGCAGGAUUGUCUCUGGGACAGGGUGCCUGUGGGGUCUAGGAGGGAACGCGGGGAGGGCGCCCUGGGGCUGGAAGCCGACAUCACGUCGUCCACUUGAGAACUGGGCCUUGGGCUACAGUAGAGGGGCCUGAGGGCAGAGAGAGAGAGAACGCGCGAGAACGCGAGCGAGCCGGAGAUUGCCUUGCUCCAGCGCGGGCGGGAGCUCAGAGAAGCCGGGUUGGCUGCGGGGAGGCGGGCGGGGCGCCAGGGCUGCUGCUGCGUUCGGAAGGCUUGGGAGGGGCUGGAUUGCGGCGGAAGCUUGAGGUUGAGAGAAUGGCUGGGGCGGGGCUGAGAACGGGGGUAGGGGCGGGGCUAAGGUCCGGGGGUAGAACUAAGAGCGGGGAGUAGGUCUGGAGAGGGACUAGGGAUGGGACUGAGGGCUGGGCCUGAGAGGCGGAGCUAAGGUUUAGGCCUGAGAUAAAGAGGUGGUACUAAGGUUAAAGGUGGGACAAAGAGGGGCAUGGAAGGAUCUGGGAGGGCCCGGAUGAAGAGCGCGGCUGAAGCUUAAAUUUGGGCUAAGACAACGCAGAGCCAGGGGAGGGUGGAGGGAGGGAUCGGGCAAGCAUGAGGCGGAGUUAAGGGCUGGACAGGGGCGAAGCUGAGAUUGGGGUUUACGGUUGGCUCGGCCAAGCUGAGGUUCAGGAUUGGACUUCUGCGAGGAAGAGUCUUGUAGAGACGAGAACUGGUCUGAGAACGAUGUGGGUGAGGACGACACUGAGGAUUGAAAGGUGGACUAAGGAAAAGACUGAAGACAAUGCCAGCAUCUGGGAUGAGGGCAGCACUGGGCGCAGGUGGAGCUUCUCAGGGAAUGCUUUCGGCGUGAAGGGCAUGGGGAGGAGGCUGCGGCCGCUCCCACUCUGUGCUCUCUCAGAUGUAAACAGGUUCCCCGGCUGGGAGAGAGGACCUCUGCUGGCUGCUGUGCCGUCCAGCACCGAUGUCUCCGCCUUCUCUGAAGGUGAAUUCAAGGACCUGGAGAGGUGCUGCUGGAAACACAAGCAGUGCACUGGGCACAUCAUCCACCCCUUCGCCUCGGACUGCGGCCACCACGACCUGCACCUGCACUCCGUCAGCCACUGCGACUGCGAUUCCAGGCUGAAGGACUGCUCAGAGAAGACAAAUAGCGACAACUCCCAAGAUGUGGGCCCAACCUGCUCCCGAGAUGAGGGCUCAACAUGUUUCAACAUCAUCCAGUCCCCUUGCUUUGAGCUCAUCCCAGAGGAAGAGUGUGUGGAGCGGUUCUGGUAUGGCUGGUGCAAAAGCUAUAGGCCUGUCUCUGUGGCAGUGAUCCACCAUCCCAUCCACCAUGACUACGCAGCAGACGACCUGAAUGAAGAGGAGGAGGAGGAAGAAAGCAAGCCUCCCAUUCCGACCCAGGUGGGGCCCGCCACCACCGCACCCGCUGACACAGGCAUGGGCGCAGUCGCAGGUACCCCGGACUCAGCAGCUCCCAUCACUAUCUGGCGCUCUGAGAGCCCCACAGGGAAGUCCCAGGGCAACAAGGUGAUCAAGAAGGUGAAGAAGAAAAAAGAAAAAGAGAAAGACAAGGAAGAGGAGAUGGAUGAGAAGGCAAAGCCGAAGAAAAAAGUCAAGAAGGGCAAGUUGAUUAAGAAGAAAAGCCCAGUUAAAUCGGAAACUUCACCUCCGGACUUGAGCCUAUCAGUAAGCCCAAGAGAGCUGGCCAGAAUGUCAGAGUCCAGCCCAGACAGCCGGGAAGACUUGGAGAGUGAGGACAGUUACAAUGACUCCAGGCGAGAGGAACCCUCCAGUGAGGAUAUCGUGGAGUCUUCAUCGCCCAGGAAGGGAGAGAAGAACACAGUCCAGACUAAGAAACCUAGGGCGAAGGCCUCACCAGUCAAGGUGGUCAAGAGGAAAUCUCCCCCAGCAUCAAACCCCAAUCUCAGUUGAGGCCAGGGCGUCCAGGGUGAAGAAUAAACGCGAUCAAGCCUGUAGCUGACCCCCUGCUGCUGUUCUCUCUCCCUCCAACCUAUCCCUGAGGGGGAGGGGGCUUCUGGGCAUAGCUGGAGCCAAGGGGCCAGGGGGCUGCAGUGGUUUCUGAAGGGUAAGCUGUCUUUCAGGACGGAGUCCAUGGGAAUGUACCGGGGAGGGCAGAGAGGAGCAGAGCCUGUUUCUCUGUAACAUCCUAGGCUCGGGGCGGGAGAGGAACACAUCUGGGUCGGUGGGAAGGAGGCUGCCCAUCUCCUGGGAGGGUGGUUUGUGUGAAAUCCACUCGGGGACAGGCAGUGCUGUCUGCAGUGAUACCCCUAAUAAAGUGAACCUUUUAACCAU